GAGGAGCCCUACGCGGUGGCUGUGGCUGCAGCCGCCCGAGGAGCCCAGCGCCUGAGCGCGGGGAGCGCGGGAGGCAAGCGGCCGCCCGAGCCGGGGCCGCAGGCCGAGCUGCCGAUUGGCCAACGGCUCCUUUCAACCCUGCCUCGUUGGUGGCCACUGGAGAAGCGCGGGGGGCUCCCCAGACAGCCGUGGGGACAAGUUAGAGCCAGCACUUUACCCCAGGCCUCGCGUGUAGCGUCCCCUCCCCUGCUCUAGGUGCCCUGGUGUCUGGAGGGGAGUUUGGAGGUGUGCCCAUCUUACAUGUCCCACGCCCUGGGCAACCCUCUGAGCUUGUUGUGUUCCAUCUCAUUUUUUGCAUCCUGCACGGUGGUCGAGGGGAACCACUUUGCAUCAUGUCCCGGUAUAGCUACCAGAGUCUCCUGGACUGGCUCUAUGGGGGCGUGGACCCCAGCUUUGCAGGCAAUGGGGGCCCCGACUGUGCUGCCUUCCUCUCUUGGCAGCAGCGGCUGCUGGAAAGUGUGGUGGUCCUGACCCUGGCCCUGGUGGAGAUCCUGGUGGCCCUGCGGCACAUCCUGAGGCAGACGAAGGAGGACGGUAGGGGUGGCCGUGGCAGCCAGCCAGAGCAGGUGACCCAGCGGCCAGAGGAAGGCAAGGAGAGCCUGAGCAAGAAUCUGCUCUUAGUAGCCCUGUGCCUGACCUUCGGGGUGGAGGUGGGCUUUAAGUUCGCCACCAAGACCGUCAUCUACCUGCUCAACCCCUGUCACCUGGUCACCAUGAUGCAUAUCUUUCUCCUGGCCUGCCCUCCGUGUCGAGGAGCUAUCGUGGUCUUCAAGCUACAGAUGAACAUGUUGAAUGGAGCUCUUCUGGCAUUGCUUUUUCCUGUGGUAAAUACCCGCCUGCUCCCCUUUGAAUUGGAGAUUUACUACAUUCAGCAUGUUAUGCUCUACGUGGUGCCCAUCUACCUGCUGUGGAAAGGAGGUGCUUAUACCCCAGAACCCCUCAGCAGCUUCCGGUGGGCCCUUCUCUCAACUGGCCUCAUGUUCUUUUAUCACUUCAGCGUCUUGCAGAUCCUGGGCCUGGUCACCGAAGUGAAUUUGAACAACAUGCUGUGUCCGGCCAUCUCAGACCCAUUCUACGGCCCCUGGUAUCGCAUCUGGGCCUCGGGACACCAGACUCUCAUGACCAUGACCCACGGGAAGCUGGUCAUCCUGUUCUCAUACAUGGUUGGGCCCCUGUGUAAAUAUCUGCUGGAUAUGCUCCGGCUUCCAGCCAAGAAAAUAGACUGAAGGUGGUUGUUUUUGUUUUGUUUUGUUUUUGUUUUGUUUUUUGUUUUUUUCUCCCUGAGGAAUCAAGUCUGGACUUGACUUGGAAAACACUCAGUUCUUGAGGAAAUCAUGGGAGAGGGCAAUAGGAUGUUUGGUGUAUUUUCUUUUUUUCUUCUAUGUUUCCCUUUCUUCCACCAUUCUUCCUUCCCCAGCUUUUCCCCCCAGGACUUCUCCUUGAGCCUGAGGUGUAGUGAUGGGGGCUGGAGUUUUCCUCCUUCCCUUUGACUCUUUCUCUCUGCUCCUGGUGGCCUUAUAUGGGGAGCUGGCAGUUGGUGGCUUCUUCGCUCUGCUUGUUGGUGCUCUAACAACAGCUGGUUGAGGAGAGAGGGAACAACAAGCAGUAGUUCCUUUGGCAUUGAAGUAAUGAGAUUGGGUUGUGUUUCAUUUCUCCACUGCCAGGGACCUCCAGGCUUAUGCUGGGGUCCCCUUUUGUUGCCAGCACAGCCCCCACCGUAAGGGGACUGAGGCCUUGUUUCUAUACCAGCGGCAAGCCCAAGGCUGAGGGAUUUCCCAGCUCAUGGCCAAAGUAGAACUGGCCGGAAUCUUCCCACUGAUGUCCCGUAAUUCCAAGCAAGCAGCCAACCGGCCAAUCCCUCCAGGAUGCCGCCUGGGGUGGGAGGUGGGGGCACCACCACCCAAGGUUUAGAUUCUGUUGCAGGGGGUAGUAUGGAGAGCUGUUGCAAAGGUAAAUCCAAAGGGAACAGAGUUAAAAUGCCCAUACAGCCAACACUGGGCAGGACCCUGUAUAAAUGUUGCCUGUGAAAGCUGAGAACUGACCCACAUCCCAUCAGAAGUGAGCAUAGAAAUUAAUCAACGGAAUUGGUAACUUGAGAGAACUAUAAUUUGAACCGUUUCAGUUUAAUGUUGAUAGUAGAUACCAUUUUAAUCUUGAGCGCCCCUUAAAUGUUCUCUCUCUCUCUCUCUCAUAAAAAGGCAGCUUUAGGAAAGAAUGAGCUGGAGUUUUUUGUUUUGUUUUGUUUUUAAUUUUGAGUUUGGAGAAUUCUUGCAUCAGGGCCCAGUUCUGCUGGGGCUCCUGUAGAUCCAUCUUGUGCUGUUGCUGGGUAUGUCAGCAUCCUGGGUUUGGGAAGACACACUCCUGCCAGCGUUGUUUCCCUAGGGCCAGAUUUCUUCCCUGCAGCCAGACUCAGACUCAGUGCUGACUCGUUUAUGUGGGGAGCAUCACACACUCCCCACACAGCCAUGCCCAAUGCCCCUGUCUAAGCUGUAAGGGAGGUACCCAGGAAUCAGGUCCCCACUGGUGGAGGUUCAGGUGCUCUGAAAGGAGGACCUUGGGGACAUUAUUUUGUUGCAAGACUUGAGCUCAGUCAUGCAUGGACCUCAAGAAGGGAGGUAGUGCCUGGGCAUUUGCUGACUCCUUGGUGGCUGCUACUAAGCACAGAUUUGCUUAAGAACAGGAAAGAUCAUUUUGUGACUUUCUCUAAUGAGUCGCCCUCCCCUCUCCCACUCUGGGUAACUCAGUUGCCUUGGGCCGCUUCCAGUAUUUCAAAUGGUAAUGUGUUAGACCUAGAUUGAGCUUCAGGAACUCAGUGGUCAUUGAUUUUAGCAAACGGGCCUACAGGAGGCAGCACAAUUCAGGAAGGUCUCUUUGAGGAAACUGAGAUCCAGGGAAGCAGUCACAGGGCCCUUAGACUAGAGGGCCCGCCCUUCUGUAGAGGCCAGCGGCAUUGAGGCUAAACUGUCCCCUGGGUGUAGGGGUGCAGGAAGGGAGAACACAGUGCACUCUCACUCCCCAUAAACUCCUUGUGACGCAUAACCUUCAUUAUCUGCAGUCUGAGGACUUGGCCAAGCUUUUCUUGGGGCCUCUCCCCCUAGGGCUGCCCUCCAGAACAGGGCACUUCUUGAGCGGCUGGAUUCUCCCUACCCAGCCUCAAACUGCUUUAUGUAGAAAUAUCUUAGGAGGAAAUAUGCAAGGGCUUAGUGUCCGUUGGCCUCGUCACAAAAGGAAAGGUUGGAAGGAGGUCAUGGGAGGAGCCCCGGGGGCCAGGCCUGUCCCCUAGCAGAACGUCAAGGUACUGCAGGCAGAUGAGUGGGCCUCAGCUGGUGGCCUGCAGCCUUGGGUGGGGCAGAUCCUCUGCUUGGGAAGGCCACAGUGGUGUGGCUCUGCAAGCUUCCUCUUCCUCCCUGUCCCUGUGGCAGUCAGCUCACCCUUUGCCCACACUGGCAUAGCUCUAAAGGCUUGCCUUUGCCCUGGCUGCAGCUCACUGCCCCGUUCUGGCUGAUGCUCUCUGCUGCUUAGAAGGAGAGAAAAAAAAGUGAAAGCCACGUGCCUGGCAUGGCCGGGCCAGAAAUAGAUACACCUGGCAGGGGAAGAGGGAAGCAAAGGGGAGAGAAAGGGCUUCUGGGGGCCAGCCUGGUUGGCUCCAAAACAUGUAGGCAGAAUGAGCAGGCCUGAUAGAUAGCGGGUAUAGCCUAUAUUUGGGGUGUUGCCUCAGCAGGCAUCUGGGGUAAUCCAGACCUCACUCAAACCAAGCCCAUGGACAGAGAGGCAACCUGGCCAGAUGCCCUGCUUUGGGGGAUGGCUCCCAUACCCACCCAACAGCUGCUGCCCCAGCUGUGGUCCGGGAGUGAAGUCGACACUGCAGUUGCUAUGCCCGGUGGCCAGUGGAGCCUGGCUUACCAGUUCCUCCCUAGGGCUUUCCUGCCAGUGCCAAGGCAGUGCUCCUGCCACCUUGGCCAAGUUUCCAUAUGCCAUUUGCCAGCAUGUGGAAGUUCUAUGUGUUUGUGAGGGUGUUUGUAGAAAUGGACUGUUUCUUUGAAAACAGCACCAGAAAGGGCAAAGAGGCUCCCUCAAGCCGCCAGGUAGCCUUGGCCAAGGAUCUGGGCCAGUGAGAACAGCCUUUUCAUUUGGUCAACUGGUGACAUAACUCCAAAUAGCAGAGGGAUUGUCACACCUGCUUAUAGUGUCCUCCGCCCUCCCCUACGUCUCCCCAGUAUUUGAUUUUGCUCACCAAAGAUGAUAUGGCCCAUUUUUCUCCCAGAGGCAGAGUGACGUGUUCUUCUGUUAGCCUGCGAGGUCACCGCCUUGGUUCUGAAGCCACAGGCUCGGUCCCCCUGAGCCAACAUUCUCUUUCCCUUGGGCUUCUUAACCUUCACAGAAGCUGCUUGUAGGAUCAUCGGGAUAACUG